GACUUGAAUUCAUUUUCAAAAUGGCGGUGCGCUGUUCUUUUUAGUGUUCUUGCGGCUCCGCUGGUUCCGCUCUUUCGAUGCAUCCGUUUCCUAUCGUACUGCUUCGUAACCACGCCAAACAGACCUGACCGCCCAGGAUGCAAAACAAGCGCGUAAUCUUCAAGUCCAGGCCGGGGACGGACGGCGAGCCUCAAGCCCACCACUUCGGUAUCGAGACGUGCAUCACGCCCAGCCAGAUCCCCGAGGGCAACGUCCUGGUGCGAAGCGUGUACCUUUCCAUCGACCCGGCCUUGCGCUGCCGCAUGAACGCUCACACCGGAGUUCACUACCUAACCCCGUGGGCCCUCGGCGAAUGCGUCGAAGGCCUGGGUGGCGUCGGCGUCGUCGAAACAUCUCGAUUCGAGGGCCUCUCCAAAGGAGACGUGGUCUGCAGGGCUCUGUCCUGGCCGUGGCAGAUCUACUUCGACACUCCGGGCGACUCUCUGGAGAAGAUCGACGUCGAGGCGCUCGGAGGCGACGUGUCUCUCGUGCUGAGCUGCCUGGGCCUGACGGGCCUUACGGCUUUGCUGGGCCUACGUGAGAAAGGAGGCAUUAAGCCCGGGACUGGCCAGACGUGCGUGGUGUCGGCGGCUGCAGGAUCGUGCGGCUCGCUCGCGGGUCAAAUCGCCAAGCUGGACGGCUGCGCCAGGGUCGUGGGUAUCUGCGGAAGCCAGGCCAAGUGCACGUUUCUCCUCGAGACACUCAAAUUCGACGCGGCCAUCAACUACAAGACCGAGGACCUCGAUAAGAGGAUCCAGGAGACUUGUCCUGCUGGUGUUCAGGUGUACUUCGAUAACGUGGGUGGCCCAAUCAGCGACGCCGUCAUCCGCCACAUGACCCCGGACUCGAACGUGGUGCUCUGCGGACAGAUCUCCGUGUACAACAAGGACGUGCCUUACCCUCCGCCGGUCGGUCCUGGUGUCCAGAAGGUCAUGGACCAGCGCCGCAUCAAGAGGGAACGCUUCCUCGUGCUCCGCCACGAAGACAAGUUUCAGCAGUCCCUGGUCCAGCUAUCGGAGUGGCUGAAGAGCGGCAAGCUGACGGUCCGCCAGACGGUCGAGCGGGGGCUGGAGAACGCGCCCAGGGCUUUCGUCAGCAUGAUGAACGGCGGCAACAUCGGCAAGCAGGUGGUCCUCGUGAGCGAGCUCGCUAAUGACGCGGUAGCCUAGAAUCUUCUCGACGAUAUCAGCCGGCUGAAAUAUGUGAUAGCGGUGGUGCUAUCGGGGACUGGGCGUUGUGUUGUACUCACUCCCACUGGGACAUUGAAACUAUAGGGACCAGAAAAACGAAGCGGGCCUUCUUCGGGAUACAUACCGAAAUAUAUGUUUGAGCUAUAAGGAAUAUAUACUGUGCACCGUAAACGAUUGCCGACAUUUUGAAUCUGAAGUUCUGGCGCGAUGCCAGUUCGGUUGGAGGGCAUUGGCAGGUUUGAGAAUGUAAGUUCUCCCUUUCUUAAGAAAUGAAAAUAAAAACAUAUACCUCCGCACA